UAUCAACGUCAACCAUCAACCACCGAGUUCAAUAACCUCCAUGGAUAAUUCUGGUCCACAUCAAAACAAUAAUAAUAAUGCAUUCUUCAACACAAUCUAAUUACAGAGAGAAGGUUAUUUGUAGGGCUUGUCUUCAAAUCAUUCAUGGACCUUCCUUUAAAGUUCAUGAGGUAUGCAAUCCGAAAGAUGAAGAGGAGAUCAAAAUUCAUGAAAUAUUAAAAAUUGUUGUCCCUGAGUUGUUCUUGAAAUUAUCUGAAAGUCCAGAAAUUUGUUAUGAUUGUAAAGAAAGUGUGCGGAUGAUUCAUGCAUUUAGAAGACGAUGCAUACAAACUGUCCAACUGAUAGCAUUAUACAUAAAGUAUAAUAAGAAUAUUUCGGGUCCUAUUGACUUGCACAGUGUAUUGGAAUAUCACAAUAAUAAACAGCUAGUAGUACAUCAAAAUGUACAGAAAAUCAUUUCUGACUGGGAGGAUGAUUCCAGUGGAGACAAGUCUUCUGAGACUAUGGAUAUACCGAUUACAGAAGUGGAGAAAAAAAACCAAAGCCCACCAUCAUUGGAAGUGAAGAGAUGUUUUGUUCCAUCAUGUCCCAAUACCAGUAUAAAUUCCAACAAACAAUUUAUACGCUUGCCAAAACAGGAUAAAAUAAGAAGGAACUGGUGUUCUGCAGUGGGAACCAACAUUUCUUUUUCAAAGACUUCCCGUCUAUAUUGCUGCGAUAAUCACUUCAAUAUUGAAGAAGAUAGUGAAAAUUGGAUGAAAUUUAAAAUUAUGAAUGCUAAAUUACGUAUGAAAAAUGAUGUUAAGCCGCAUCUUAAUUUGAACAAAGGGAAUACAGAAGUCUGUGAAAAAAUCCAAUCACAGUUAACCUCUUCGUCAAGGAAAAGAAAGGUAGAGAGCAUACAAUUCGAUUCAAAAAAUGCUAGUAACUCUAAUGCAGAAAAUCCCUCCAUAAUAUCUGCUAAUAGAAAUCCAGAAACAACUGAUAUUUUAUCCAGCCAAAAAUCACCAAGAAUAGACUUUGGAUUCAAGACUAUUUCAAAUCAAGUUAUAUCAGAUAACAUCAAACACCCUAGAAAAUCCAGCAGAAUAGUAUUAUUCAAAAACAAUAAUGAAGAAUUAUGCAUCAUUGGCGAGCAACAGUGGAACGAGAAAUGUGAUCAGGAAAAACAUAAUGGGGUUGAAACUGAAAGUAGAGUUUUGGAAAGCUACAAACAAACAAAUCCCCAACAACACAGUGAUAAUGAACCUAUAAAUUUUCCUAAUGCAUCACCAUUGAUCAUUUGUGAAGAAACUGGUUUGUUCAAGAACAAAGAAGGUAAAUACUUUAAUGCCGCUCUAGAACCAAUCAAUGAAAAUGACGUCUGUGCAGAAAAGUCGAAGGCAAAGAUUAGGGGUGAGAACCUCUUCAAAAUUAAGGAGACUUUUUCGGUUCCUGACAACUUCAUCUGCGAAGAAACUGGUUUAUUCAAGAAUGCAAAAGGGGAGUACUUCAAUGAGUUUGGAAAACCGCUGAACAAGCAAGAAGUUGAGGCUGAAAAAGAAAAGGCAAAAAUCAGAGGUGAAAAUUUGUUUCAGAUAACUGGUAUAUGCACCAUUCCAGAAGUGGUUGAAGGAACCGCGAAGGAAGCUCCUGACAAAACCAUAACUUCUUCAGAAACAUCCACAAUACAGCCAUCACCUCUUGAAAACCUUCAAAAGCUGAAAACUUAUUGUAAUUCUUCUAAAGACAAUGAUAAAAAUCUGAAUGAACCACAUGAAGGAGUUAUUCAUAUAAAACAAGAACCUUUGGAAACUAUUCACGAGAUACAACAAAUUGAAUCAAAUAAUUUUCCUGAGGAUGACGAAGAAACACUGACGGCUUCAGAAUCGGCUUCAUAUGGAAGUUUGGAAGGGUUGCUUGAUUCUGUUGAUUCAUUUGAAACUAACCAGUAUGUAGAUGUACCAGAGUUUGUUCAUAUAAACAAAUUCACUUUUAAAGACUUACAAAAGCUCAAACUGAAGUACAAUUUGCAUAGUGAGAGCAGAAGUGCUUUUACAAAUCUGCAAAGUACACGCUCUUCCCUUCCAAAUGAAAGUCAAAGUUUGGAGAAAGAUAUUAAUUUGAAAACGUUGCUUGCCAAACGAAUUGAUAUGAAUUUUCCUUUGGUGUUGAAUCAGAAAUUACCAGGAAAUGUUGCUGGUGAAUUGUUAAAAGAAUCUGAAGGGGGAUUUGCAUUAAAAAAAACUUCAGAUCAAUCAUCCAAUGUGCAAGUACCAGGUUGCCCAGAGACAAGUGAAGUUCGUGAACUACAAUACUCUUCUACUGGAAAUUCUAAUUUCAACUAUCAAUGUUCAAUUUCUCAUGACCAGAAAAAGUCAGCUCCAAAGACUAGACGGCACCGUAAAUGGAAAAUAGUAGCAGUGAAUGAGAAUGAGACUAAUAAUAAUGGUAAACAUGAUGAUGUACUAACUGAUAAUCCCAAUAGAAGAGUUUGUGUUUUAUUCACCAACUAUAGUCUUGAUGGUCUAUAUAUUAACGAUCAUGAUUAUUUGUUAACACCAUAUAAGAGGAACAAAAUUUUAAUCACGGAAAAUGGUCAGAGCUUUUGCAUGUGUUUUAUAUGUGGUUACAAACACAGCAUUGAUGAACACGUUGUACACAUGAAUUUGCACAACCCAAAAUGUGAUGUUUGCAACAAAAACUUUGGCACGGGCUACAUGCUGAAUUUACAUAUGAAAAAUCAUACUAAACCUUGUAAAUUUUGCACUGACCUUGUCCCAUACUCAGAAAUUUUGAGUCAUGAGAAAAAACACAAAGAUGAAGAUUUGGAGUUUGAAAAGGGGAUGGAGAGAAAGAGAAAGAAGAAGGAUGAUAAAGAUGAAAAGCCUGUUUAUUUCAAUGUUCCUCAUAAACGUAAUAGAGCCUCAAAGUCACCAAGGUUACGCAGUAGAUCAUUAAAUGAAGCAGAUAGUGUUGAAGUGACAAGGGCUGAUGAUGAAAUAAUUGUUGAUAUUGAAAAGUCUGACCCGAAAGGUAUCGACAUAGAUAAUGUUGAGACAAAAAAUAUUGAAACAACUAAUAUUGGGAAAGGUAAUGUUCAUGAACGCACUGCUGAGAAAAGUAAUGUGGAGCAAAACAAUGUUGAGUCAAAUAAUGUUGAACCAACUUUAGCUAAGACCCCCAAUAUCAAUUCAAUCAAAGGCAAAAAAAAACAUGUUGUAAAUGAAAAAGAAUCAACGGAAUCAAAUAUAUCUUCUCCAAUAAAGAAAAAGAGGACACCUAAAAGCGGAGCUUUGAGUAAAAAAGAGGUCGAUUUGGAGGAAAAACUUCUCAAAAUAUGUGAAAAAAGUAAAGAAUGUUCGGAAAGAAGAGUCCUUAGGUCUUCUUUUUUGAAAAAAUCUUCAGAAAUGGAAGGAAGCCCGACUGACUAGACUAAUGACAUCAACUGAUUAGGCUGAAAGAGUUGGAAAGUGGCACCUUCAAAAAGAAUGGUUCUACCCCCAGAAUGUAGUAUUAAUGCAGCAAGAUAAUCUGUUAAACAAACAAAUGGAAAUUUUCUGCUCGUCUUGCUAGAGUUCUUUACUAUGUCUCAGCAACAAUUCCAAAAGAAGAAUACCUACCACAGAAAUUAGAAUUUCUUCAAAGAAUAUGAGAUCUAUUCAUUAUGUGAGGAAAUACUUGAACAGUAUUGCUUUUGAAACAUUUCAAUAAGUGCAGAAAAAUCUAGAGAGGAGUAUUCCGAAAUACAAAAGAUAUAUAUUACAAAGACAGAAUGAAUAAUGCUGCUAAUAAAGUGAAAGGAACAUGGAAUAUUGUCAAUGAAUUGAGGCGAAGGAACAAUAACCAAAAAUUUGUACAUUAUAUCCCUAUAUCCCGACACUAUUAAUGACUUUUACUGUUCC